AAAAAGAAUAUUUCUAGCUGGCCACUUUUUGCCGAUACGUGGCAUAAGCACGAACAACUUCCACGUUCGCCGCCAUUUUGACAUCCAGCGAAUUUUAGUGAUUUCAGUAAAGUGUAGCAUUUUUUCUUGAUAAUAUAGAUUUUUGCGUCUGAAAAUACUUCUUAUAAAGCCGAAAGAUGGGGAAUAUGUUCGCUAAUUUAUUUAAAGGCCUAUUUGGCAAAAAGGAAAUGAGAAUAUUGAUGGUGGGUUUGGAUGCUGCUGGUAAAACCACAAUCCUAUACAAACUUAAAUUAGGUGAAAUUGUUACAACAAUUCCUACUAUUGGGUUUAACGUGGAAACUGUAGAAUACAAAAACAUCAGUUUCACUGUGUGGGAUGUUGGUGGUCAAGAUAAAAUUAGGCCACUGUGGAGGCAUUAUUUCCAGAACACACAGGGUCUUAUCUUUGUAGUAGACAGUAAUGACCGAGAGCGUAUCGGCGAGGCGCGUGAGGAACUCAUGCGGAUGUUAAGCGAAGACGAGCUACGAGAUGCUGUACUCCUCAUCUUCGCAAACAAACAGGAUCUGCCAAACGCUAUGAACGCGGCCGAGAUAACGGACAAGCUGGGGCUGCACUCGCUGCGCAACCGCAACUGGUACAUCCAGGCGACAUGCGCCACCUCCGGUGACGGCCUCUACGAGGGGCUCGACUGGCUCUCCAAUCAGCUUAAGAACGCCAACCGCUAACUGCAUGUGCGACACACAGACAAAUCUGAUUACUGAAAGAGACUAUGGUUUAAGAUAUGUUAACUUUAUUUGCUAUAAAAUACAAUGUAUUAUGUGCGGAAUCAUAAAUGUAUUACUGAUGCGUCACCCGGUGACCGAGCUCGCAUCGCAUUCUCGCGCAACACCCGCGGCCGCGUCGCCUUUGGGGCUGCAGCGGCCUUAGCGACCCGCUCCGCCUUCGGCCGACCAUUCCAGUCCAUUGGCAGUUAGUGUACAAAUAUAUCAUAGGGGGGUCAUGCUGUACUUAGUGGAGUGCUGUUAGGGUCCACACACCGGAUGCGUUGUUUGUUCGAUCCCUGAUGACGUUGAACAAAAUAUAGUGUGUAAAUUUAAUGCAAAAUUACAAUUUUGUUUAUAAUUUGAUCAGUAAACGAAAAGGAACGAACGGUGUACACUUACUGAGUAAUCGCGCAUGUGAUGUGGAUAGGUUGGUAGCUGACGCUUGAUAAAGUGAAUCACAGCAUAACAUGUUUUAUAUGUAUACUUAUAAUGUGGAAUAAGUUGUCGUAAUAAAAAAGUAUUUAAAGUUACUUCACUUUUAAUUCAUUUGUUUUAGUUAGAGUCCUACACGCUAGGCAGGUAGGCCGGAGUCGCGGCGGGCACAGUCACCGGGGCGUUCGCCGCGUCAGAGCACGUCACUGACAAUUUCUAUUAGAUUUAUCUUCUGUCUUUGAUGUAGGGUGAAACCAGUUUUGUGCGUAUUCCACUUAUUUGAACGACUUAUUGUAUGAUGAUAGUUUAUUUUUAUGGAAGUUAACUAGGUAGAGUAAGCUGUUAUGUAUUUUACAUUGAGAUCCGUUCUGAGCGAGGCCGCGGGUGCCGUCGGCGCGUCACUAGGCCCGUCGCGAUGGACCUGCAUUUACAGACAACUUCUCAUGGCGAACCGAGAGAUUAACUUGUAAUUUAGGUAUAAUAAUAAUAUAAUAUGUAUUAGAUAAACACGGUGUCAUUUUGAGAAGUGUUUCUGCCUACAGGGAAA